AUGAACGUCUUCGACACCCGCUGGAAACUCCCCCUCCACUGCUUCCAAAUAUUCCUAAUCGUGAUGGUAAUUGGCCUGUCCAUUCCAAGGCUCUUCAUGAAGAACCAGCCCCGCACGCGAGCUAGUACAAUCGGCCUCGGAAUGGGUGCAAAAUCCCUAGUAAUUGUCCUCUACCAACUCCUAACAGAACACAUCACGGCGCUCCGCAAAUGGGGAAAUCUAAAAGCAUACACGAUUCUCAAUGCCCUGGAGAUCGUUUUCUGGGCCGCAGUCGCAGUUUUGACUAUACAGGCCAAUGUACAGAUGUGUGUGGCGCCUGGAUGCAUCUUGGGCUGGGGUGUGGCUAUUACCGGGAUUAAUUUGAGGUAUAGUAUCUGGUUCUCGAUGAUGGGUGGGGAUACUAGUUGGGUGGCUAAUGCUGUUUGA